CACUUUUGUAUUUUGGACUUUCAGUGACAGUCGGACUGACUGCUUAGUGUAGAGAAAGAAAAUUGUGGCAUAUUACAGCAAUAAGGCCCCAAACUUUGAUUGAAAUAAUGAAUAAUAGUAAUCUUCUUGUGAACGUGGAGAAGUGGAUAGCAGAGAACCAAAAUUCGUUUCUGCCACCAGUCUGCAACAAGCUAAUGCACUUUUCCCAGUUAAACAUUAUGUUUGUUGGAGGACCAAAUACCAGGAAGGAUUACCAUAUAGAAGAAGGGGAGGAGCUCUUCUAUCAGGUGAAGGGGGACAUGUGUCUGAAGGUGAUUGAAAAUGGCAAGUCCAAGGAUGUUCACAUCAAGGAGGGAGAGAUGUUUCUGCUGCCUGCUCGGGUCCCCCACUCCCCACAGAGACAGGCCAACACAGUGGGACUCGUGGUAGAGAGGAAACGGCUGCCGACUGAGACCGACUGCCUCAGGUACUACGUUGACAACACAACUGACAUCCUGUUUGAGAAAUGGUUCUACUGUGAAGAUCUUGGAACUCAACUGGUGCCAAUAAUCCGAGAGUUCAUGGCAUCAACUCAGUACAAGACAGGAAAACCCGAUCCGAGCGAAGUCUUCGCAGAGCCUCCAUUCCAGAUGAACAACAUGAAUGUGAUGUCGCCCUUCUGCUUUAAGUCCUGGCUGGAAAAACAAAAGCCAUUCCUUGCCAAUGGCAACCCCAUUGAUGUGUUUGGAGCUCAGUUUGAGACCGAGGCAACUAUGUUUGGACCCGGUUUGUCUGACGCAUCCUUACCACAAAGUGAUGUAUGGAUUUGGCAACUGGAGGGAUCGUCAGUGGUGACCAUGAAUGAACGGGAGUUUCAUCUCUCUGCUGGAGACAGUUUACUCAUUCCCGAGCACACCGAGUACCAGUGGAAGAGAGAUGAGGAGACUGUUGCGCUGGUUGUGGUUCAAAACCCUGAGCGUAAAAGACCCUGAUCAGACCUGCCGACGACACUCUCAACGUAAACUGCAAAUUGCAAAAUUAAA